AUGACCGCCGUCAAGAAUGGACACCACAGCGCCUCCGCCAUCUCCACAGUCGGGGUUCAUCCAAGUCCCAGCUCAGAGGUCGCAGGUGGAGUCCUCACUGUGUCAGACUACUGUCACAGUAACUCUCUUGGUAGCAGCAACGAUGAUUUCUCCAGCCAGGAGGAAGAAGAAGAGUACGAAGAGUACGAUGAUUUCUCUGAACUGCCAGACACCCGCAGCAUUGCUUCUGAUGACUCGUUUUACCCGCCCGAUUCAGUUUCACUAGUCGAUGAAGACAGGGCAUCCACUCCACAGAGCCCUACACCCCUUACUUUAUUCCAAGCGUGUUCCUCCAAUAACGCCCUCCUUGUAAAAGUGAUGAUUCGCCAAGGUCUAAGCGAGAGGGAAGUUCGGGAAACUGACAAAAACAGUAGGACGUGCCUCAUCAUGGCUUGUUAUCAAGGCUUUGUGGAUGUUGUCACUGCAUUGUCUCAAUGCCCUUUUGUUGAUGUUAACUGGCAGGACAAAGAAGGAAAUACAGCAUUGAUUAUGGCUGCACAAGCAGGACAUAUAACUAUCACUAACUAUUUGCUGAAUUACUUCCCAGGCCUUGAACUUGAAAAGAGAAAUGUUCAUGGGUUCACUGCACUGAUGAAAGCUGCCAUGCAGGGGAGAACAGAAUGUGUCAGAGCUUUAAUGUUAGCAGGGGCAGAUAUUCAUGCAUUUGACCCAAAUCGACAUCUAACUCCCCAUGGGUGGGCACAGUUCACAGGAAGAUAUGAAACCAUCUGUAUUAUGCAAAAACUUCUGAAGAAACCUUGUCCAGUACAAAUAGGUGAUGCAUAUAAGCCAGAGUGGCCAAAGCUGAAGGAACUUUUAGCCAAAGCAAAUGAGCCUAAAUCUUGUUUGGACAGGAUCUGUGAGCAUAUGAGGUCAUUUUUUGCCAUUAAGUUUCCCCAUGACCCAGAAGAUGAUGGUGUUUUUGAUCACAUGGUUAGGAUGACAACUGGUCUUUCCAGUCCAUUUGUUGCAACUGCAUGUAAUACAGUCUGUCCAAGUAGUCCUCCAUGUGUGGGAAAACGCAGAUAUGCUGUACAAGAAAUUUUAGCAAGGAAAAGAGCUAAGGACAUAAAAUCCCAAACACAUUACUUUAAAAGGGAUUAUCAGAAAUUAUUCCAAAAUUCUCAAAUGCUGAUAGUCACAAAGAAACAAGAUCGAAGGGCCAGUCUGCAACUUCAGAGGGUUUCAUCUCCCGAGCUGAACGUUUCAUGCAGUCGAAGAGUUAGCAUGUUACCACUUAAUGUGUUCAGACGAAGCAGCAUAAGACCUGGAUUCAUUAUUCCCAAAGUGAGAAUCAUAAAGGCACCUGCAACAAAUUACCAGCCAGAGAGAGUAAGACGAAAUAGUAGCAUGAGAGACAGUGACCACUUACAAAUACCAAAAUGGAGGUACAAAGAACUGAAGGAAGAGAAGAGAAGGGCAGCACAAGAAGAAGAAAGGAGAAAGGCUAUGCAAGCUGCAAAGCAAAAACAACAAUCAUUUCCAAAAAAAUAAAACAAGUUGAUCUGAUCUAUGCAAAUGAUUUCACUCAGGGAACUGAGUAUCUCAGUAAUAUAGCUGCUAAUAAGUAAAUGCAGAGAGGUUUUGAAAGCCAAAACUAAAGCUGCUGAAGUGUUAGUAUUCAUGUUUCUCCAAACGUGCAUGAAGGAACGCUGAAACAAUGGUCAUCAGCUCAAAUGAAAAAGUAAAGAACAGUAAUUCUGAUAGUCUUUGGUAUAUGCCUUAACAUUCAUUGUCAUAUCUUUGAACUGUGAAAUAGAUUCAGAAAUGGGCUAGGUAUUCCAUAUAUAUAUGAAAUAUAAAGACACUUAGUAUUACUUAUGUGGAGAAUGCCAUCUGUAGGGGGACAAGUCUUGCCACAUAAGGCAUGAAAUUAACAUUUGACUGCAGAACAAUUCAUCUCUCCAUGUUGAAUGAUGUCUUGUUUGGGCUGGGUGGCUGCUGCUGUCUAUUUAAAAGAGUGUGUUCCCAAGAAACAUAGAUACUGCCAGACCAUAUACUAAAGUUUCAAAACUGAAAACAAGGAAAUAAACCUUGUGCUUGACAUCUGACAUCAAAUGUAUAAAACUUCUCUGUGCCAGACUGAAAAUGCUUAUGUCAAAAAACUGCUAAUGUGCAAUCAGUGGUUCUUGUUUAACAAACUUGUACCAUUUUAAUGAUUGACUUUUGUCUAUCUAGCCUUCUAGAUAGUUCUUUGCAAAGGGAAAAGAAAAGUCUGUAUAAAUGUUA